AUGGGUCCCGUCAAAGAACAUUGCAAGAGAGACAAAGUGAAACCAACCAAGACAAACGGGCACAGACAGACAUUCACCAGUCGGUUGAAGGAUCCACAGAGAAGACGACAGGGUUUGGAGGGUGGCAAAGGCAGAGGGCGCAGGGCAACUUUCCCUAGAGGCGAGACUCCGCCCUCUCUCACCAUCCCGCAUGUUCUUGCUCUCCUCUCCUCAGACAUGCCGUUCUUCGGGUCCAAGUCUCUGCUGCUUGUCAUGGCUCUCAUUAUUCCCUCUGAUGAUGUGGCUGAGACAUUUACAGAAGACCCCAAUCUGGUGAAUGACCCUUCUACAGAUGCAACAGUUCUGGCUGAUAUCACACCUUCCACAGAUGACCUGGCCUCAGCUGGUGACAAAAAUGCUACUGCAGAGUGCCGGGAUGAGAAAUUUGCUUGCACAAGACUGUACUCUGUGCACCGGCCAGUCAAACAGUGUGUCCAUCAGGUCUGCUUCACCAGCUUGCGGCGUAUGUACAUCAUCAACAAUGAGAUCUGCUCCCGACUUGUCUGUAAGGAGCACGAGGCUAUGAAAGAUGAGCUUUGCCGGCAGAUGGCUGGCCUGCCUCCAAGACGACUCCGUCGCUCCAACUACUUCCGACUUCCUCCCUGUGAAAAUAUGAAUUUGCAGAGACCCAGUGGUCUGUGA